ACUCAUGUUUGUCACGUUUCGGACAAAAGCUCGUGCCUGUGUUGCACUGUGAACGCAGUGCUUGGCUUGGGUUUUACAGAGGCCGAGCUGAAAGUAGGGCGGGCUGGGUUUAAGCCGCUUAACUACGUCAGCCUAAAGCUGGGAGGAAUUCAUCUAAAGCCCUCUGCAGUAGGCGGGGGCCUUAACGAGGCUGGCCUAGUUAAGCCUGAUUCUUGAGCGCUCCACCGCCUGUUUUUGUUUGGCAAAGAAGCUGAGAGCAGACCAAGGAGAAGUGUGGUUUCAUGUUUGUUAGGUUCAUCUGAUAUUCAAAUGAGAACUGUAGUGGAUGCAUAUAUGUCAGAUGAGAUACCGAAGACCUGGAGCAGAAGGAGAGACAUUAACUAGACCUGGCUGCUGGACAGAGACUGCUUUAGGCCUGACUAAGUCUGAGCGAAUGCUAUGCUUUAAAAUGGAACCCAGCUCUGCAUUUCUAUCCAACAUGGUGGGUAAGGCUCGCUCCUCUAACUUCACCCUCUCUGAGAAGCUGGAUCUGUUGAAGCUUGUCCGACCCCACAUCCGCAUCCUAGAGGACCACACCAACAAACAUGCUGUCAUUGUGGACAAGAACAAGUGCUGGGACACUGUGGCCGAGCAGUACAACACACUAGGAGGGGACAGACCCUACCGCACAGCCCAGGGCCUCAGGACCCUCUACAAAAGGCUAAAGGAAUCUGCCAAGCAGGAAAUGAUGCAAAGGAGACACGCCCAACCAGAGUAUCGAGGCAGCAUCUCCGAACCUACCCGCAGAAUUAUGGAGAUGAUCCCUCACCUGUUUCACCAUGUGCCCAUGCACGAAAAAGACCUGGCACUCAGCAAAAUGAUGUGUAAUAGACACAUUUCAGCCAUUGAGCCCCCUGGCAGCAGCUCAUCUGUUGUCGGGCUGCAGGACUACGCAACAGCAGCUGAUGUUGCACCAAACAUUCCUCAAGAUGUUGUCCAGCUGGACACAGAUGAAGAUGUCAAACCGCCCCCAGACCUACCUGCACAAGCAGGACCAGCUUUGGAAGUACACCACUUGUCAGAGCAGGAGCAAGACUUAGACAGUGUACACAAUUAUAAAGCAUCUCCGUCACCCACCUCGUCUUCUGUCAACAUAGCCCUCUCUGCCUCGCCGCUGCCUUUCCAUCCGAACUUCUAUCACAAUGACUUCUACGGUCGCCAUGACUAUGGCGGAGUGCGUCCUCUUCACCUAGUCAGAGAGGAGCAUGAGCUGGUGCUUGCCAAUCACAGGAAAGUUGCUGUGUAUCUGGAUGAGAAGAGGGAGGGGCAGAAGAGGAAGCAGGAACUUGAGGAGGAACUUUUGAAGGCCAAGAUCAGAGUUGAAAAACUGAGGGCUGCCAGACUUCGACAUGGACUGCCAAUACCACUUUAACCGGCUGAUGCCAAUGGAGGAGUAUCACUGUGGACAGAAAUAUGACUGAGGAGCAGUUGGAUUGUCCUCAUUGUUGAAAACAUAGUGCCUCACAAUGGAGAACAUUUUGAAUUCAUCUUAAAUGAACACUGUGCAAAUGGUACAUUAGUGUCUGUAUUUACUAGGGAGUAUAUGGUACAUAUACGUUUAAGUGUCUUUCUUUAUGGUGCCUGUUUAUGAAUCCGGAAAAGGUGUUGAUCGCCUUAAAAUCUGUCAAAUUGAAUCAACCUCUGCAAAUCAGAUUACAAAGUAUCACAACAGCACUUGUGGGAUGGCAUGCUUGUUACAGAAUCAAAGAUGAAAUUGAGCAGAACUAAACAGUAAUUAAAUGAGCUUUAACACUUCUGGUGACCAGUUGUUUUUUUCUCCAAAUUGACCAUGUCCACAGAGGGAUGAUUCAGAUCACCAUUUAUCUGACCUUGCUGUGCCUCAUUAGGCUAAAUGUUUUAAAAAAAAAAAAGCCGACUGGCUAUGUUAGUUACAUUCAAAUGGUCAGUUCUCGACUUUGCCACUGAGAAAUAGGACAAAUUGUUUUCUCUGUUUGCUCCGUUGGUCAGUUUUUUUUGACGUGUGAAUAAGGUUGCUUGUAAUACAACAGCGACCUCUAUUGGUGAUGGUGCGUCAGUAUUUCUCCACCGUUUGCUUAUUUGU